UGCGGCGAGUUCGUUUUGCUGUGCGUUGUUCUGAGAGUUUAUUUUCUUUUUGGAUUUAUAAAUAAUAAUAUUGACUGUUUCUUUGUUUUGGUGAUCAUUUUACGACUUCUGCGAGUGACAAAGUGUCAAAAUUAGUGCUCGCAUGGAUUGAAAAGUGACGAUGUUACCUCCUACGGCCGGUAUAGCACAAGAGCAACGCGACCGGCCCGAAAUGGCGUAUCAGCAGCGUCGGGAUGUGAGAGAAAUAACAAGAGAGAUUAUCCGAGACGCUCGUGUUGCAAACAGACAACAAUCAAUGUCUCCUGGAGCCCGAGACCGCUUCCCGUCGACAUCGUCUACAGAUGAGAAUGAGAGCGGCACAGACGGCGAGGCUGACCGCUCCCGGCGCGCCAGCCUCGUGCUGGUGCCGGGCCACGCGCCGCCGCGCGGCAUCGCCGUGCGCAAGCGCCGCGGGAACCUUCCCAAACACUCCGUCAAGAUACUGAAGAGGUGGCUCUACGAUCACCGGUACAACGCAUAUCCCAGUGAUGCUGAGAAGCUUACAUUAAGUCAGGAGGCUAAUUUGACAGUGUUGCAGGUAUGCAACUGGUUCAUAAACGCGCGUCGGCGCAUCCUGCCCGAGAUGAUCCGCCGUGAGGGCCACGACCCGCUGCACUACACGAUCUCGCGGCGCGGGCGCAAGCAGCCCGGGACCGCGUCCACGCCUGGCGGCUCCGGCGGCGUCGUUGUCACCUGGGACGGGGAGCUCGAGGGCGACGUGGAGCGCAGUGCAGAACACGAGUACAGCGACGGUCUGCUGGUCUACCGGAGCGACGGAGACGAGAUACCUGACGCCGAGGAGGGAUACUCGUCCAGCGCCAUCAGCGAGGAGGAGGUCAAGUACGACCCGUCUGUCUGGCAGUCCGUCAUCAGAUACGGGCCUGAGGAUAAGGAACUCCACCCCGCCGCCAGAGGGAGCACAGCAGCAGUAGUAACGGUGCGUACCUCAGAGUCAGAGGAGGCCCCGGGCGGGUCUCCGGCGCGCGGCGGCGGCAGCGGCCCGGGCGGCUGGCACCCCCAGCUGGCGCACCUGCCGCAGCUGCCGCACCCGCUGCGCCGCCGCCUGCAGGUGGUGCCAGCCGGUACAGGGUCGGCAGAGGGCGAACGCGACAAGUUCAAGUGUCUGUACCUGCUGGUGGAGACCGCCGUCGCCGUGCGCCAGAGAGAGAAGGAACAGGAGGAGGUGCCUGUCUAGUGCCCGAGAAUACGAACGCGAAGGACCAACGCGCGUCCUGCAAGCCAGAACCGAAGAAGUAGCGGUCCACUCCCAAUGUUGUUUGAAGACGCGUAGACUUCCAUUGCUGUAGGUGUUAACUACCCUUAUAUCUUAUACACUGGACGUUAUGUCGCCCCGAGAAUAAAUCGUUAAAAUUAAUAAUGAAAAUCAAAUAAGUUGACCUUUCAUGAUGGUUUUGCGUUUGGAGUAACCCACGCGAGCUCAAACCACGGUGCCGUGGUUUUCACUAGGCGACGUUAUACUACUGCUUCCAACAGUACACCUUACGCUAGAAUAUAAUAGAUCUAGUCUUGCAUUGGCCCCGAUUGCUGCAGACACCGCCUAAUUUUAUUUUAAGUUAUAUCCGUCAUUUUCAUAUCCGUCGAAAAGGAAAGGGACGGAUGAUUCACAGCUCUUAAUUUUAGGAAGAAUGAGUAAAUGAAUGAACAACCCGGGCGAAUCAAAAAGGUAUGUCGCUGGUAUGCAAUCCGUUUGACGUGCUGUCUACUUACCUGUGUCGGGUUAUUGACUGAUGUAAAAUUUUUAGACGGUUGUUGUUUUAGAUUUGUCCUUAAAAUUGACGUGUGUUCCAUAAAUUUUAUGCUUGUCGAUUACCCGUCCUUUUCCUUUUCGGCGGAUAAGAAAAUGACAGAUAUAACUUAAAAUAAAAUUAGAUGGUAUUUACAGGAAUUUGCACCAUUGAGCACUGAUCAUUUAUAAGGAUAUGUAGCUGACCGCGUGUCCCUUGCGGGUCAGAGCAACUUAUGCUCAGUGCUUAUGUUCAUACUGCCCCUCGGCAGUCAUCGUAUAUCCGAACACAAACAAAUGCUAUUUCCCAGAAUUUGACACACAUAUAUAAAUAUACAUAUAUAUUUACUCACGCCCUUAAUUCCUAAUGGGGUGGGCAAAGCCAUAAGUAAUGAAAGACAUCUUGCAUCGGAAUUUGAAUUUAGAAGUUCAGAAGUAUAGUUUUGAUUUCCGCGCGAACAAAACAACUAAAUUUGUGGCUCUGCCCACCCCCUUAGAGAUUACGGGCGUGAGUAUAUAUGUAUAUUUAUCUAUGUAUAUAUGUCAAAUGCUGAUACAUCUAAGAAAUGGAAAUACUUGUGUACUAUCAGACACUUAUUCGACGGUUAGUUUAUCGACAGCUCUUUAUUAUGACCAAGCGGUGUACCUUUCUAGGUAUCGAUUUAUUUUAUAACUAUUGUAUAUAAUAUUAGUUACAGUAAAGGACUGUGUUCUAUACUUUUGAGAUAGAUAUUAAGAUUCUGUUUUAAAAAAAUGGUUGAUUAAUACAUUUUAUUAACGAUUUUGUCCAAAAUAAGGAUUCAGUAAGGUUGUUUGGUUUAUCAGUCUUGUGUUGUGAAUUUACGGUCACCGAAAAUGUGGUUUAGAACCCUGUCCCAUUAAUAUAUUUAACAUUUGGUGAAGUCUCUGUUUCAAUAUUUCAAAUAAGUUACUGUGACAUGGUACUAAAGUGUUUAUGGUAAUGCUCGGGACCGUAUUAACACGUUUGUUGUCUCAGUGUCAAAAAGAGAUGACAAUAUGUCGUGACGUAAGCUAAAUGAAACUAGUAUGAGGGGACGUUGUUCUUUUCUGGUUUCAUAAUGAUGAUUAUAUACAGGGUGUUAGUGACAUCGUAACGAAAACGAUGGAUGAUUCAGACCAUGUUUCUGAGUUGAUAUCAAGUGGAAUUUUCCGUCGCAGAAGUAUGGAACUGAAAAUAAUUAAAAAAAAAACAACAUGCGACGCAAAAUUCCACUCGAUAUUAACUCAGAAUCAUGGUCUGAAUCAUCCCCCUUAGUAUUUGUUACGAUGUCACUAACACCCUGUAUAUCAGGAGUAAAAAAGGUUACAUAACUUAAUGUAUACGUAUUUACAACACGGCUCGGACGCUUUUUUUAGAAAGACCCCAUAGCGAAUGUGACUCUAUUUGUUUAUGGGAUGGUUUCUACACAUUUACGCGUUACCAUUAGCGAUCCGGUAGCGGGAAUUUUGUAUAUUCCCUUCUACAUGGAAAUCCGAUAUUGCCGCGGCAUGGUUUUAUAUCAACUCCCGCUUCGAACCGCAUGUGUGUGAAGACCUUUAUACAUGAUGUAACUUAACAUCACUGCAACAGUCUUCAGCAAUGACAUGAAAAUAUAUAACAAUAAAUACAUAUAUACAACAUAUGACAUAAAUUAUACAUUAUUAUACUGAAAUAUUUAUCAUGUUCUAGUAUAUUUUAUACAUUUUGGAUAUACUAAACGUACACGCAGUUACUAAAUGUAUAUUUAGAAAAGCAAUAACCAAUUGUAAUAUAGUAUAGUAUUUACUAUUUAGAUAUAUAGCUUGUUAACAUAGUUAAAAGUCAGUUAUCCGAAACAUAUACAGCCAUAAACGGUUAUCAUGUAUACACUAUAGUAACCGGGUCAGCAUGAAAACCGCGCCGUGCGCGGCGCGAAUUAUAUUGAGCGCUUCGGCCAAUAAACGAUACGAAUGCUAUCUACGUUGAUGGACGUCAAACGGCUUUUGGUCGAAGGCCUCGAUAUAAUUCGCGCCGCGCUCGGCGCGGUUGCUGUGCAGAGCCUACUGGGGUUAAUAAAGUGCCGUAAAAAUGUGUCUAUUUCUUUAAAUAACAGUGUCUUAAAAGUAUGCAACUCUUUACAGUGUCUUAAAAGUAUGCAACCCUUUACAGUGUCUUAAAAGUAUGCAACCCUGUCGCAUUAACGUGUUAACGUGUUUGACAUUUUAGUGACACUGGAUUAGAUUUGAGGAAAAAGUUUAAUGUGACAUGGUACUAAAGUGUAUACAUGUUAAUGUUUGCAAUCGUAUAAUAUAUGUAUACCUACAUAUGAACCGUAAUGUCGUGUAUUUUUUGGGGUUAAUUAGAAUUAAACGGCGAUUUCACGUACGUAAUGUUAACAUUCAGAGUAAUUCCUUAAAAAAAACAACAAAAUAUUAUGUAUACAUAAUUAUCUAUAAAACUACUAGACAUGACCUUAUUUAAACGUUUUUUAAGGUAUAUAUCAUGAAAAAAAUAUAUAAAGGAAACUAUAACAAGGAUUAAUAGAUUAAAUAGUAUUCACCUCCAAAGUAUAGUUAUAUAAAAAAAAACAAUUUUAUAAAUUGUAUAUUAAACAGACUGUAUCAUUAGUUCUCAUUUAUGUAAUAGCUGUUGAAAUCAACAUUAUACUAUACAUUAAAAUGUACACCCCUACUCUAAGACGUCUACUCGACUCUUCCACGCGAUUCGGCCUCAGCUGAGCAUUUUGGUAUUUUAAAUUGACAUACGUACUUGAGGGCUUUACUCACUCGCGCAUAUCAUACUGCCAACAAAAUAAUACGAAAUUAAUGACGUCAUGCCUUAAUGGAGUGCCUACGAAUACCGAUUUUGAGCUGAGUUCGUGGAAGACCUUCAGGGGGAUACAAUGGCCACAUCGAAGUAAUUCAUCCAAGAAAGCAAUAUUGCAAUUUGACAUUCACGCAUAUAAAAGUAAGUGCGCAAUGCAAACAAAUGCCAAAAAGCAAUAUUGCUUUCUUAGAUGAAUUGCUUUGAUGUUGGCCAUUUUAACCCCUCAGGUCGCCUAAACUAACGAGAAGAGUCGAAUGAACAUCUUAGAAUAAGGUUGUUAGAAGUUAUAUAAUUAUUUAAUCAUUGUAUUAUCAAGUAUAUCUGAUUUUCAGAUUUGUAAAGUAACAAAUACCUAAUGUUAUGUUACAUUAAUUGUAUAUAAUCAGGAAUAACUAAGUCAUACUGUUACUUAUAUAUAAGUAAUCGUUUGUUUGAUCAAUUGUCUUAUAGAAAAGACCCGUAUAUGUAUUUUUAGACGCCUAAUGGUGCUUAUUCGGUCGGACACAAACCUGUUCUACGACAGCUCUUAAACUAGUGCCGUCCUUCACUUGCAAUAAGCGCAAGAAAGAGACGGAACUACUUUAGUCCUGUCAAAUUAAGCUCAUUCUUGCCCAAAUCGGCACCAAUGUUUAUAUCCCAAACAGUUCAAAUUACGUUAGUUUUAUCCACUGUGUCAUUGAUGUAUAUUAUGUUGCUAUUUGUGCAAGCCCUGAAGAAUAAGAACACUGCAAGAGGAAUGUGCAAUUAUCCUUAAAAUUUAAGCCUUGUAUCCACUAGGCAACAACGCGCAACGCGUAACGCUCAGCAACGUUGCACAACAGCGCGCGACGUUGCCAGCUGAAGCGCAACAUGUCUCAACUAGAUGUUUAGAGAGCCUCGUUAGUUUAGCAUGAGCAUCAAAUGUUGUAGAGACGUGACGCGUAAUAACACUAGUUCCUCUGGUAACAUGUUGUCGACGACAGACGUGUGUUAGUAGACAGAUAACUUUUUUAUUAUUAUUUUUAUAACGUUAAACAAAAGCUCCUCGCUAACUUUCAACAUGCUGGGCAACAUUUCGCGCGCCAAAUGUUGCCAAUUGAAACGCGGCUUCAUUCUUCGUAGGUAUUUGGUCUUUCAAUAUAGCUGCGCGUAAAGACUUGUAAUAGAGUUGACUUUCAUAAGCAAUUUCGGUCUUUUCUCUAAGAUGAAACUUUGUAAAACUCAGUAUGUCUUAGUUUUUAGAAUCUAGUUAUCAACUAGCUUAUAUUUGCUGAUGAUAAAGUUUAAGUUUCUAUGUUAAGUACCUCGUGACUGCUUCGAGACAGGAUGGCGAUUGUAGACAAGCUAAACUUUAAAUAUGUGAGGUUAAAACGCGGGAAAUUAUCGUGUUUUAUAUUAAGAGCAACGCCGAUGUUUUGUUGUGAAUAAGAAUGCUUUUAUGUCAUUAAAACAGUUUAAGUUAUUGAAGAGUGUAAUGGAAGAAAUUUACGUUCUAUUGUCAAAUAUUUUUUGUGGAACUCUUUGGUGGCGUGUACUAGACAUUGUCACAUUUUAUUUUAGUGGAAAGUGGGUUUAAGCUUAUAGAAAAAAUCCAUUUAUUCUUAUAUGAUGCUUCUUGUAAUGCAAGCUACAGUCCUCAGCCACGCGUCUCCUGUUUAUAGAUAUUUUAGUACGUCCUAAACUUUGUAUUAGUUUCUUUUACCUGAGUACAAUAACCUCUUAGCUUGUAGUUUAGUUUUAGCAUCGCUGCACAAGUCUAAUGUUGCUGUUAUGUAUGAUUUAAAUAAGCUUUGCGUGCACCCAUACAUAUAUAAACGCACAUCCUUAUCCGAAAGCACAUCUUUUUAGAAGGGAUUAUAAUAAUAAUAAGGCCGCCGAGAAGCACAAUGCUUCUCUUAGUCACUUUUGUAAUUGUUUUUAAUGUUGUGCAAUAAAGCGUUUUUGUAUUACAUUGUAAUAACAAACCUUUAGGGCGAUUGUUAAAUUCGCACGGGUCAGACCAACUUAUAGUGAUGACGACAGCUUACCCGGCCAAGUAGUGAAUGCGGCAAAUCAGUCACAUAGUUAAAAAAACAUCGCGUUUGGCGCCUGUGGCGGAUUCACUUACGUUGGCCGAUGAAUAAUCCAGCAUAAGUUGGUUUAACCCGCGCGAGUUUUAGCGUAUUAUCAGUGACAACGUAACCAUGACAACCGACGUUACUAGCGCCAUUGCGACCGCCAUUUUGGUUCAACUUAUACGCCGUGGAUUAGACGCUCGUACAACUAUUUUCUUUUUCUAAUUAGGCAUGAGACAAAAGAUAAUUUGUCAAUUAGUUCCUAAAGGCACAUUCGUAAAGUGAUUUAAAUCGUACUCAUGUAACGUUGAAUUUAACGUAAGGGUUUUACUCUCGCGUACAUUAUUUGACAAACAUGUUUACUACACGUUUAAAUAGUAAUUUACAAACUGCAUGCAUUUAAUGUUGAGUAAAUUAAUACUCAUACUACUAACGGCUCCGGGUUCGAAUCCCGGUGGAGAGAUAUCACAAAAAACACUUUGUGAUCCCUAGUUUGGUUAGGACAUUACAGGCUAAUCACCUGAUUGUUCGAAAGUAAGAUGAUCCGUGCUUCGGAAAACAAGUUGAGCCGUUGGUCCCGGUCAGUAUUUACUGAUGAAAGUGAGUAAUCGUUACAUGAGCCAUGUCGGGUGCCAUUGGCGGCUCAAUCAUAACCCUGACACCAGGGUUGAAGAGGCUGGUAUUCCACCUCACAACCCACACGAUAAGAAGAAUACACGGAUACCGGCUCAGCACACUCCAUGAAGCGUCAUUACUUAGUUCAUGUUGGGAUGGAUGUAUGCCCAAUUGGGAACAUAUCUAUGAACUUAUGUAAACUUUUAAAUAAUGUUCAUUCAACACGGCAUCUAGACUUGUGCAGCAUUAGGCUCCGUCUGUAAAUAUACGUGUGUAAGUACUAGUUAGUUUUAUUUAGUUACUAAAUAAAACUGCGUUCACUAUA